UUGAGACUCCUGAAGGGGAGUGAAAGGCGGGAUAUCAAAUCCAAACUCCUCCUCUUCUUCUUCUAGAUGCUGAAUGUGAAGUGUUAGAUAGCGCAUGUUUAAAUUGGGAAGACCAAGAAACCCCAGCCUGGCCUGCCUCCACCAUACAUUCUUUGAUAGCCUUGACAGUGUCUCCCUGCUCCCUUGAUAUGUUUCUGCUAGUCCUUCAGUGUCCAAGCAGCCAUCAACCCCAGUACUGCCUGAAACAAAGGGUAGCUUCAGCAAGAAUGUAAUUUGGCCACAAUGAUUGUGCCCAACAAUGAUAGUUACCUGUUUAAAUUAUGAUAACCCACCUUUCGUAUUUUGUUGUUCAAAUUUUCAGUUUAAAAACUGCUGAAACCUUGAGGCCUAACUUCCCUACAAUGCAUCAUCAAGCCAGAUUAUGCAACCUUUAUAUAUAACCAUGCCCAAACGUCUAUUUUUGUUUAUUGCUGUCCAUACGGAGAUUAUCUUCUUAGCUCUGUAAUGCACAGGUAUGCACCUUUAGAUUUGCUGACACCUAAAGUCCUGUGGAUAAAAGCAUCCAGGGGUGUAUUAAGCUUUUGUCCUGCAAAGCUACCAGACUAGCCAAAGACUGUCUAAGGGAAACCUUGCAGCGCAUCUGCUACCAUCCACAAUGGCUCAGAAAACAGUGCUCAUCACAGGUUGCUCCUCAGGAAUUGGGCUGGCGUUGGCUGUAAAAAUGGCCACUGAUGAACAGAAAAGAUUCAAAGUUUAUGCUACAAUGCGGGAUCUGGCCAAACAGGAUAAACUGAUAGAAGCUGCAGGCAAUACUGUAGGAAACACCUUAGAGAUUAAACAGCUGGAUGUGUGCAGUGAUGAAUCAAUUAAAAUGUGUGUCAGUAGCAUCCCAGGAAGGCGUAUUGAUGUCCUAGUUAGCAAUGCCGGCAUGGGACUCAUUGGACCUAUUGAAUGCCAGACCAUCAAAGAGAUGCAAAACGUGAUGGAUACAAACUUCUUUGGGCUGGUCCGCCUGCUGAAGGAGAUUUUACCCGACAUGAAGAAGAGAAAAAGCGGCCAUAUUGUGAUUAUCAGCAGUGUCAUGGGAAUACAAGGGAUUUUGUUUAAUGAUGUUUAUGCUGCAUCUAAAUUUGCGGUGGAAGGAUUCUGUGAAAGUUUAGCCAUACAAGCGCUCAAGUUUAAACUUAAUCUAAGUUUAAUAGAACCAGGGCCCGUGGUUACAGAGUUUGAAAGAAAAGUGUUUGAAGAUGGGAUGAACAUGGAUCUUUCAGCUGCAGAUAAAGAAACAGCAGACAUGUUUGUAAAUAUUUACCUGAAAAAUUACAAGCAAAUUUUCCAGACCCUGGGACAAACAGCUGAAGACAUAGCAGAGCAUACAGUGAAGAUAAUUCUGGCCGAAAAUCCUCCUUUUCGCCACCAGACCAACACAUUAUACACUCCAAUUACAACACUGAAAUAUGCUGAUCCAAAUGGAGACCUGCCUAUUGAUACCUUCUACAAAAUGGUUUUUCAGCAUGAUAAGGUUUUCAGUGCGAGUCUUAACUUCAUUAAAAUGCUGCGUUGGAAAAGCAGAAAAAGCUUUGACUUGGGAGGAGGAAGAUCCUCCCAAUGAGCAAAUGGGUGAUUUCAGCUGCCAUGUGGGCUAUUUCACACACUUUCAUGUUUCCUUAUGUGUAAGCGCUUGUGUGGGAUGGGAGACAUCUGAAAUAGCCCUGACUGAAGCUACAGCCCUAUACACAAUCCUUACUUGGGGGCAAGUCCAACUGAAGUUGGUGGGGCUUACUUCUUUUUUAAAAUAAUAUUUAUUAAGUUUUCCAAUUUAACAAUCCAA